CAAAUAGUUACAUUGUAACAUGCCGGUGAUACAAUUUUCUCACACGGCUUUUGGUGCGGAAGUUGUAAUUUAAAACCUUCCACCGACACUCGUCGGAUUUUGCCAAGGAAAGAGAUUCAUCUUGAGGGGGGUUUAAAAUUGAGGAAAACCCCUUUUUCCUUAUUGCUGACGCGGACUGGGAGCUGUAGCUACGUGCAGUAGCUUGGACUGCUACAUCCACCAUGUUUCUUUGGGUUUUAGUUUUAGGGGCCUUCGUUUCUAGAUCAGAAUGUUACUUUUCGGAGGAGAAAUAUCCAGAAGAAUCGAAAAUGCAGCCGCCAACGGUUGUUAUUGCGAUCAUUGCUCGGAACGCGGCGCAUUCCUUGCCGUACUACCUCGGAGCAUUGGAGAGACUGAACUAUCCCAAAGCACGCAUUUCUGUUUGGGCAGCGACAGAUCACAAUGCUGACAACACUACAGCUGUUCUGAGAGAAUGGCUGACAGUCAUGCAACAGUUUUAUCACUACGUGGAAUGGAGGCCCAUGGAGCAUCCUACGUCCUACCCAGGAGAGAUGGGGCCUAAAUACUGGAGCAACGGCAGAUAUGAAUACCUGAUGAAACUUAAACAGGCUGCUCUCAACUUCGCCAAGACACGCUGGGCUGACUACAUACUGUAUGCUGACACAGACAACAUCCUGACCAACCCAGAGACGCUGAACCUUCUGAUAGCAGAGAACAAGUCUGUUGUGGCCCCCAUGCUGGACUCUCAGGGAGCCUACUCCAACUACUGGUGCGGGAUCACUCCCCAAGGUUACUACCGGCGUACAGCUGAGUAUUUCCCCACCAGACAGCGCCACCGGCUGGGCUGCUACCCGGUGCCCAUGGUCCACUCUACCUUCCUGCUGGACAUGAGGAAGACGGGCAUGAAGAAGCUGGCCUUCCACCCCCCUCACCAGGACUACUCCUGGCCCUUCGAUGACAUCAUCGUCUUCGCCUUCUCCUGCCGCGUCUCAGAGGUGCAGAUGUACCUGUGUAACAAGGUGAGGUAUGGUUACCUGAACGCCCCAGCCAAGCCUCACCACACCAUAGAGGACGACAGCAUCAGCUUCAGCCAUCUCAUCCUGGAGGCCACCAUCGAUGGCCCCCCCAUGGCCCCCUCCAAAUACGUGAGCCUUUUCCCCAAACAGAGAGACCUCAUGGGCUUCGAUGAGGUGUACCUGAUCAACCUGCGUCGUCGUCAGGACCGUAGAGACAGGAUGCUGUAUUCUCUCAAUGAGCUGGAGAUAGAUGUCAAGGUGGUGGACGCCAUAGAUGGAGGAGCUCUGAACAGCAGUGAUAUAAAGAUCCUAGGAGUGGACAUACUGCCUGGUUACUAUGACCCGUUCUCUCGCCGUACCCUGACAAAAGGAGAGGUGGGAUGCUUCCUGAGUCAUUACUACAUCUGGAAGGAGAUGGUAGACCAGCAGAUGGACAAGGCGCUGAUCUUUGAGGAUGACGUGCGGUUCCAGGCCAACUUCAAGCGGCGCGUGCUGCGUCUGAUGGAGGAGGUGGAGAUGGUGGAACUGGACUGGGACAUCAUUUACCUGGGCCGUAAGCAGGUGAAGCCAGGUGAUGAGGAGGUGGUGGAGAACGUGAGGAACCUGGUGGUAGCAGACUAUUCCUACUGGACCCUGUCCUACGCCAUCUCUCUCCAGGGCGCCCAGAAACUGCUCAACGCUGAACCCCUCUCCAAGAUGCUGCCCGUCGAUGAAUUCUUACCCAUCAUGUACGACAAACACACCAAUGAGAACUACAAGUCCCACUAUCCUAACCGUAACCUGCAGGCGUUCUCCACACGCCCCCUACUGGUGCAACCAGCUCAAUACGCCGGGGACCCCAAGUGGGUGAGCGACACAGAGACCUCCACGCUGUGGGACGACGACAACGUGCGAACAGACUGGAGGGGCUCCCACAAAACGCUGAAGGGGGCUCCCCAAACCGACAUGCUGCAGACGUCAUAUAAAGAUGAGCUGUAGUUCAACCAUAUGUAUUAAUGCCUGAUUCACACUGCACGGCCAACCCCACCCUUACGGAGCUGACUUGGAUAUUGUCUUUUCACAUUGUUCUUUUACAGCACGGUUCCAAAAACAACUGUGAAUGCAUAACCAGGCAGGUACUGUUUGGUUUGACUCGGUAGUGUGAAAAGGGUUACUGGUUAUGGUGCCACUGUUGACUGUGCCAUUCAUCAGUGACACUUCAUUUCUCACUGUAUAAUUCGCCAUUUUGUAUUUGGUACGUCGGCCCAUAAUCACUGGGAGUGACUGGAUAUACAGACAGUAGUGAUGCUGGCGGAGGCUCUAUAGACUUGGUCAAGUGCUCCAAGACCUGAUUUCAAAGUGUGUGUGGGUUUGUUUGUGUGUGUUCAAAUCAAAUGAUGCAUGUUAGGAAUGCCAGUGUUUAUGGAAGGACACUCCUAUACUGUCAGACACCUUCAAGGGUUGGGGUCAAUUUCAAAUUGAAGGCAUUCAAUUCAGGAAGUAAACUGAAAUUACAGUUCAAUUAUGGAUAAAAAAUAUAUGUAUAUUUUCAAUGACGUCUUAAUAAACUGAAAAGUAGAAGUUUAUUUAUUUUAAUUAAUUUUAAAUUCAACUCACUACCUGAAUUGACUGGCUUCAAUAGGAAUUGACCCCAACCGUGCUAUUGUGCACUGCAGAGAGCACUCCAGGGCCUGGGUGAGUGACCCUCACUGUACAUCUAGUCACUGGGUGUCAGAAAACAGAAAUACUGGAGGAAACCAUUCUCUUUUAUAUCACAUUCUACUCAUUCUGUGUAUUGUGAUAACAAUCCUAGUAAAUGUUUUCUUUACUUUAGUAAAGUAACUCCAAACAAGUUGAACUGUGAGCACUUACACAUGGUAAGGAUCCUACAGCAGUGGUAAUACGUUAGGAGCAGUGUCUCUCUCUAGGCCUGACCUCAUGCUAGUCUUAAACCAGAUCAACAGUCCAGAGAGAAGCCUGCCAACCAUAUUCUCCUGACAUGGUGUCAGUUGCCACGACAAUCAAGUUACAUUCUGACUGAGCUCAUCUAUAUUGGUUUGUGUUGAUGUAUUUUUUCUGUGUACAAAUUCUAUUAUUUGUACAAUUCAUAUUGACAGUUUUCCUAAUUUAUUUCUAGCAUUAUAUUGUGCUUUUUGAAUACACAGUAUUAAACCCAAGUGCAAUGUCUUAAUUGUAGUGAAAUUCCCUCUUUGUCAAAUAAAUGACUAUACUGUACCUUGAUGUCAAGCAACUAUGAAGAUCAAAUGUUUUUCAAAAGUAGCACAUUUGGCAGAAGCUUUGUCAGUGCCAAAACUGUUCAAAAAUGGAUGUGACACUGAUGUAACUAACUUUAUACAUGAUUAAAAAUCAACUUUUUCAAUUUUUA